GGACGUUCAUAACACCCCACCAAACGUCUAUCAUGCGCGCCUUCGUCAUCGACGAGUAUGCGCACCCCUCCAAGAUCCCCGUCGUCCCGAACGCACCGGAGCCGAAGGCGGGGCCGGGUCAGGUCCUCGUAGACAUCUACAGCGCCGGGUUGAACUACUUCGACAUCCUGCAAUCGCAGGGCAAGUACCAGUUGCAGCCACCGCGGCCAUUCGUGCUCGGGAACGAGUUCGCGGGCAAGAUCGCGCACGACUCACCCAUUCCCGACGGGUGCCCGUUCAGGCCGGGAGACCGCGUCUUUGGGGGCGGGCAGGGCGCGUAUGGGGAGAAAUCUGCGGUGUUGUGGCAGAACCUCAUUCCGCUGCCGGACAACAUGUCGUAUGACCAGGGCGCAGGUCUUUAUGUCACUUGGCCCACGAGUUACGAGGCGUUGGUGGGCCGCGCUGAGCUGAAAUCCGGGGAGUGGGUGCUCGUAACUGCCGCGGCGGGAGGUGUCGGUAUCGCUGCCGUGCAACUCGCGAAAGCACUGGGCGCGAAGGUCAUCGCCGCCGCCGGCUCUCAGGAGAAGAUUGAUAUCGCUGUCCGGUAUGGAAGCGCGGAUCACGGCGUGAACUACUCGAAGGAGGGCUGGCAGAAGGAAGUGCUGAAGCUUACUGGGGGCAAGGGCGUCGACGUCAUAUACGACCCUGUCGGGCUCAUUCGAGAUUCUCUCAAAUGCAUCGCAUGGAAGGGCCGAGCACUUGUUGUCGGUUUCGCGGCGGGCUCGAUUGAGAAGUUGCCGUUAAACCUCGUCCUGCUUAAGAAUAUCUCUAUUGUCGGCAUUCACUGGGGCGCGUACAGCAAAUUCGAGACCUCCCGAGGGCCCGUCGUCUGGCAAGCACUCCUCGACCUUUUCUCGUCCGGACGCGCGAAGCCUAUCGUGUACCCGGAGACGUUCCCGCUCGAACGCCUCGCAGACGGGCUCGUCGCGCUUGAGAAGCGCAAGACGUGGGGGAAGGUCAUCGUGCACGUCCGCGAGCCCGAGACUCCGCCGCAUUCGAAGGCGAAGCUGUAGAUUCGGAGUUAGAAGCGCAAGAUUGCGGCUUGGAUGGGACUUUCUAGGCCAGGACUAUGGCUAUGUAUGAGUAACUGCAGGAUGAUGAUCAAUGCUACAUUGGUAACG